AUUACCACCAGUUCCACGGUCGGCAUCGUUCAGUUCAGUUUAAGUGGUCUACCAGUGCGGCGAUCCAUUUUUCGACGAUCAACCUUAACAUCUCAUCCUAAGCGACAACUGCCAAGCGAACCAGUUUGGAUCUUCUCCAGCAUCAGACAUCUCUUCGUUCUGUGAUAUAGCCAAAGUCAGCCGGAAACUCGGAGCAGUUCCAAAGGGGCACAGCCUUUGUUGUAGGAAAAAACAAAAAACCAAACCCAAAACAAGUGAUAUUUUUGUUCCCGUUUGUUAGAACAACCAAAACCAAAUCAAGUGCGGUUUUUGCCGGUGGUCCGACUGACUUCCGGGUGUUUUCUUGCUUGUUCGAUCGAAAAAAACACAAUAUCAAGAACGCCAUGGCUCCCACUAUCCACAAGGAGGAGAAUUUCUCCACCACAAAUCUCAAGUGGAAGAUGACUCUCGUCCAGCCAUCCGGAGAGCUUAGCGCUAAGAUCAAGGAGGAGUUGCGCGAGCCAGCAAACCCCGCCGACAUUGAACGCGACAUCGGAAUCAUCCGCCAGUGGCUUGACACCCAGCCCCAUCUGCCAAAGGACAUGGACGAUGCCCGUCUGCGCACCUUCCUGCGUGGCUGCAAGUUCAGCAUCGAACGCGUCAAGCAGAAGUUGGAUAUGUACUACACCAUGCGUAAUGCCGUGCCGGAGUUCUUCACCAAUCGCGACGUCAACCGCCCAGAAAUGGCAGAGAUCUUGAACGUGGUCCACAUGCCGCCACUACCAGGACUGACCCCAGCCGGUUGCCGUGUGGUGAUGCUGCGCGGAACCGAUAAGGACAUUACCACCCCAAACGUGAUCGAAUCUAUGAAGCUAACCUUGAUGAUCGGUGAUGUUCGAUUGGCUGAAGAAGCAGUCGGUGUUGCUGGUGACGUUUAUAUUUUGGACGCAAGCGUGGCAACCCCAACGCAUUUCGCAAAAUUCACUCCCACACUGGUUAAGAAGUUCCUCAUCUGCGUUCAGGAGGCCUAUCCAGUUAAACUGAAGGAAGUUCACGUGGUUAACGUUUCUCCGAUCGUCGAUACCAUCGUCAACUUUGUCAAGCCCUUCUUGAAGGAAAAGAUUCGCGAACGUAUCCACAUUCACAGCAGCAUGGACGAUCUGUACAAGUUCGUACCGAAGUCGAUGCUGCCAUCCGAAUACGGCGGUGAUUGUGGAUCGAUCAAAGACCUGAACGAGCAGUGGCGUUCCAAGCUGGGAGAGUACACCGGCUGGUUCAAGGAACAGGAGGCCAGCAAGGCCAAUGAAUCGCUCCGCCCGGGUGCCCCGAAGACCGCCGAUGAGCUGUUUGGUAUGGACGGUACCUUCAAGCAACUAACCAUCGACUAAAUAAGGUCAUGCUGUCCAUCAAGUUCAUCCACCGAACGCCGCUUAUUCCCACUCCCAAGAUUCCCAUUCAACCCCAAAAAAAAGAAACAAUCCAGUAACCAUUAUUAGCGAAUAUCCAAAUAAUAAUCAAUCUCAUCUAUCAAUA